AUGUUUUUUGUUCCGCCAUUACGGUCAACUGGGCAUGGCAUACGCGUUUCCGGCGCCUUGGCGUCGCACCUAAGUAUCCCAGAAACAGUACAGAGCGAUGUGGAUGAAUACCAACGAAAUAAACUUUCUUUCUACCACCACCCCACCAUUUUGUCCUUACUUUUCUUCUUUUUUUCUUCCUUUUCUUUUUUCCUUUCUUUUAACAUUCUUUCCUUCUCCCUCUCUUUCUAUUUACAUCUUUCUUUCUUCUGGAUAUCCCUUUCUUUAGUCCUUUUCUUCUGCUCUCUCUUCUUUUUAUUUCUCCCUCUUCUUUCAUUGGUCCUCCAUUUGUUCCUUUCUUUUUUCUUCUCUUUCUUUCUUUAUUUCUGUUUACCCCUCCCCUUCUUUAAUAUCUCCUCCUGCCUAGACUCAAUCACGUGUGUACUGCCGUCACUUGUAGUCUCUUUGCUAACUCCUACUUUGCACUCCUCCUCCUUCUCAGCUUACUCUCGUAUUUAUCAUUCCCCUUUUCUCCGUUAUCUCUCUGCCUUUCCCUUUCUCCUACCUUCUUUCACACUGCUUUUCCUUUUAUUCUUCAAUCUUUCUUCCACUCCUUAUGUAUCUGCAAUUAUCUUUCUCACUCUCUCACUCUCUUUAUCAAUGUCAGUAUCUUCAUAUCUACUUCUGUUUUCUCUCCUUAUCCACUUCAUCUUCCUUAGCUUCCACGUUUUCUUUUAUAUUUCUCAUUCUCUUCUAUCUAUCUAUCUAUCUAUCUAUCUAUCUAUCUAUCUAUCUAUCUAUCUCCUCCCUUUUCUCCCUGUCAUUAUCAUACAGACUAAUAUCAAUCUAACGAUAAUGAUAAGAAUCUAUUUUAAUAAACCUUCAAACCGUUCACUCGGCCCUGAUGUCGAUCCAGAUUUAAUAAAGCAAACAAAGUCUAUUGAUCUGCUUAUUGGCAAUCGAUCAUGA